CAUCUCAUGUGCGUGGGCGUCCUCCUACCUGUUCUUUUACUCCAACUGGUUAGAUCACCACUCCGCACAAACCACCAGCACAGCUCCAACCUCCUGCGCCAGAUUCAUCUCUCCAUUUGCUGAAGUCAUUCUCAAGCUGUGAGAUUUCAACACUGAACCCUUCGAUCUACUAUCACUCAGGUCAUCUCUUCUUCUACUCUUUGCCCCUAAUCAUUUGUGCUAUCAUAGCUCCCAGUCUAAGCUUCUUUCGGCCUCACCGCCCGCUCGCUUCUCCAUUCCGGCUUUUCUGAGCGGAAGAAUCCACCCCCAACUCUGCUCUCUCUAGACCCCUCCACAGCCCACAGUCCACAGUGCACAGCUCCAGACCUUAUUUCCACCAGCUUCCCCGUUCUGCCUGUGAGCUUCAAGCAACGGCUCAUCCUCAUCUUCUUCCUCUCCAUCACCCUCUCUUAGAAGCAGUCCAAUCAGCAACAUGUCCGGUGAAGCGUGGCUCUACCUGUUGGCGGUGCUCAUCAACGCUGUCAACCUGUUCCUGCAGGUCUUCUUUACUAUCAUGUACAGCGAUCUGGAAUGUGACUACAUCAACCCCAUUGACCUUUGCAACCGUCUUAACGCCUACAUCAUCCCCGAAGCCGCUGUCCACGCUUUCCUCACUACCUUGUUCCUGAUCAACGGCUACUGGGUCGCGCUCAUUCUCAACCUGCCUCUGUUGGCGUUCAAUGCCAAGAAGAUCCUUGACAACCAGCACCUUCUGGAUGCGACUGAGAUUUUCCGCAAGCUGAACGUACACAAAAAGGAAUCCUUCAUCAAGCUGGGCUUCCACCUCUUGAUGUUCUUCUUCUACCUCUACAGCAUGAUUGUUGCUCUCAUUCGCGACGAAUCCCACUGACUUCGUGACAAGACGGAGUAUGCGAUGCGUUACGGCCGUUCCCCUUGAGGAGUCAAUGAUGCGUUCGCUGUCUUUUCUCGUACGGGGGACAAAGUUACAUCCCUGGACCUCAGUGCCUGCCUGAUAAGUGUCGAUGCGUUUGCCUCGUCAAAUACCUGUCCAUGAUCAGUGAUGAAACUCUGACGGGCAGCGUUGAACGACUGGGCGACUGCCAAGAUUCAAGCAGCGGGUAUAAGAUGCAAUGUUGGGUGAUGUCAAUGAUUGUACGAGGUGUGGUGAUGAUAGAUGGUUCUUGAUCCUGACUGACUGCUUUUGGUCAUAGUCAGAAAGAGGACGUGUGGAGGAAGGUUUGGUAAGACGCCAUGAUGCUGUAAUUGCUGCUUGUGAUGUUCCUUUGCUAUUUUCAUGCUGUUGAUGUCUGUAAUGCUGUAUAUACCUCUUGAGCGGUUUGACAAUAAAGAGCGUACGAUACCCUUCGGGUGAUGUAACUA